AUGGCGCCCAUCAGGACUCAAUGGACCCGUCUCAUUCGAUUCGUUGCGGCGGAAACUUCUCGCGUUCAUAUUGGUGAACCUGUUGAUAAGAACUUGGAUGUUGGUCUGGCGUCUCAUCAGAAACGUCCCAUAGAGGCCUAUGAAAUUCUCGGGUCAGCACUUGACCCAGCAGCCCAAGUUACCAAGAAUGUGUUGACCGUUCAGACUUUGUUGUCUCCUUUGUCGAAUGAGGAAAUCAAGUAUGUUAGAUGCCUAGGAUUGAACUAUUCCGACCACGCAGCAGAGGCUGGUCUGGCUAAACCAGCAUUCCCGAUUCUCUUCAUCAAACCUACUUCCUCUUUGAUAGGACCCGACGCUACGAUAACUAUUCCGAAAGUAGCACAGCCUCCCAAGGAACAUCUUCCUGAUUAUGAAGUAGAGUUCACCAUCGUUAUUGGAAAGCCUGCGAAGGAUGUGAAAGAAGAGGAUGCGUUGGAUUAUGUGUUGGGGUAUACCGCGGCAAACGACGUUUCGUUCCGGAAACACCAAAUGGCUGUCACCCAAUGGGGCUUCUCGAAGGGUUUCGACAACACUAACCCUCUCGGCCCAUGUCUUGUCGCUGCAUCUACGAUUCCCGAUCCACAGAAAGUGCCUCUUAGCGCGACUGUGAACGGUGUGACGGUUCAAGAUGGAACCACAGCUGACAUGAUAUUCUCCGUUCGCCGUACUAUCGCAUUCCUCUCUCAAGGAACAACGCUUGAACCUGGUUCUCUCAUUCUUACCGGGACGCCGAAGGGAGUUGGGUUCGUCAAGAAGCCACCCCUCUAUCUGAAAGAUGGAGAUAAAGUGAGCGUAUGGGUGGGUAACGGAAUUGGAUCUUUGUACAAUAAUGUGAAGGAGGAGGGUUCGGGCUCGAAGGCGAUGUUGUAG